UUUUGCUUUGCAGAGAAGAAGGCAGGUUUUUUUCCCCCCAGGGUGAAAAGAAUCAGAACGCAUUCCUUCUGUGAGCUUGCAUCAUGGACACUAGCAGCCAGUCCAGUAGCACUCAGGUUCUCUAUAAAGAUGUUGAAGGGGCGAAAGAGAAGAGGGCCAAGUAUCGCAUCUACCAGCACAUGGCACUGAUUCUGGCAUUGGUCUUCCUCUUUUUGGGCCUGUGCAUUUUCAGCUUGGCAUAUCUUUGGAGCCCCACUCUGGGAAAAGUGUACGACCACCAGUACAAAGCGCUGCUCGAUGGCGUGGAGACAACCAGCCUAAUGGAGAUCGACCCGAUUCGGCAGAUGGAAAUCUUCCGAAUUGGAAAUGGGAGUCAGGAGGUUCUCGAGGUGCACGACUUUAAACAUCCUGCCUCUCGCCCAAAGUCAGCUGGGAAAGGUGGAUUCGCAACCGUGACCUUCGGACUCACUGGGAUCCGCUUUGCCGAACAUCAGAGGUGCUACAUCAGGAGCCAAACCAGGACACUGCCGACAGAGGUGGAGACGGAAGAUGGCGACUUAGAGCAGGUGGAUGCCAUGGAUACGAAAAUGGAGGACUCCCAAGUGUGGGUCCCCCUUGAGGAGCCCAUCGUCGACCCGGCGUUCCUCUUGCAGUCGAAGAUCUGGGAACUCUGCCAGGAGCUGCCCAUCCACUGGAUCCAUCCCUCUCCUCUGAGCGAUUCUGAGCUGCAAGAGGAAGUGGAGCACUUGGACUCCCCUGACACAGAGGUGAAAGGUCAUCGCUCCACCCGCGACGUGGAGUACCACCCUCCUGUGAACGACUACAGAGCUGUAGGUCUGGAGCUCGACAACCGCCUGGACGAGCGUGGUUACUGCUGCCAGUACUGUCACCGUGGCUACCGCUUCUGCCGCCGCUACCAUGUGCCGUUGGGCGGCUUCAACCCGUGGCCGUACUACUACCGAGGAGGCCACGUGGUCUGCCAGGUGGUGAUGCCGUGCAACUGGUGGAUCGCGCGCAUGCUGGGCAGGAUCUGAGAGGGGCGGGCCGGGGGGAACAUUCCUGUCCACGCUGAAUCGUUGCAUUGAUGCAUCUUUCAACACUCAUAAGAUGAAAGUGGACCGACGGCCGUUAAUUAGUUCCCGACCCAAAAAUUUGGCCCUAGGCGUGCUCGUUACACUAAAUAGCUCCUGCGGCGUUUUUGGAGCCGUCAUUUAUCGUUUCCUUUGCUUUUUGUUUUCUGUCAACUUGUGUAAUGCAUGCGAGCAUGUGUGGAUGAUGUCAAACAUUUGAUUUUUUUGUGUUUUGAAGUGGGUUUUUUUUAAUUACUGUUAUGUAUUAAUAUUUACAUACAGUAUAAUUUUAUUUCAUGUUGUUGGCCAGAUUACUAUGAAUAAACGUCUCUUAUUUACACAUUUAGUGCCCUUGCAGUUAUGGUUAUGGAAAGCGUGCUUUUCAGAGCAAUUUCUUUUUUAAUUCAUUGCAGUUGAAAGGUACUAAAAUGUAUACAUGUUUACAUCCAGGAUGACAGUAUAAAUGGUAACUAAAAUGUAAAUUGUAUUCCAUUAAUACUUGGCUGCAUUUC